CUCAGUCCGAGUCCGCAACCCUCAGACCCUCUCCCAGCCCACAGAGCCUGCCUCAGCGCCUUUGCCCCUGCCCUGACUGCCCUCCUUUCCACCCCCUCGCAUAGCUUGGAGACCCUACCCCUUCUCAGGCCAAGCCCUCAGGCCCCUCUUUACCAGAGCCUUUUCCUAAACCACUAGUGUCCUUUCCAGAGCUCAGGUCCUGUCCCUGGAGCCCUUACACCCCCUUCCCCCAGAGAGAAUGCCCAGCCCCCCAGACUCCCUUAGACCCCAGACCUCCCGGUCUGGUCGUUAGCUCUCCCUGUCCGACCACUUUUCCCAUUCAAACACCUAACAGCAGAGCAGACUCCUCCUGAGUCUCCCCUCUUUCUCACGCGGCCCUCCAGGACUCCCAGCCGGUUCUGUAUUUAUUGCCCCCAAGAGGUCCUAUGUUUACUUCCUCCUCCCUCAUAAGAAACCCCUAGGUGAUCCCUGCCCAGGAGCUGAGCGAGGAGGCCAGAGCCCACAGAUGCCCUCCCUGCGCUCUCGCUUCCCCAUGGAGCUGGGUUCUGUUAGGGAUCCAGAAGCCCAGCUGGGACGACUGCAUCGCCUGGCCGUGGCUGGGGGCCCAGGAUGGGGCCUCACGCGGCUCCUGCGAAGAGUUGUCCAGGUGGAUGGUGAGAACUCCGCUGGGCAGACGGGGCUCUUCCUCUCGGCGCUGCUGGGCCACAGCUCUGCUGUGCAGCUCUUGCUGACCUUUGGCGCCAACCCCAACCACCGCUGCCUUGAUGGCAGCACACCUGUGCACGCAGGCGCCUUCUCGGGCCGCAGCCUGGUGAUGCUGCACCUGCUGCAGGCAGGGGGUGACCUGCGUCUGCAUGACCAGCGGGGUCGCACGCCUUGGGACUGGGCCGAGCAGGGUGGUGCCAAGCAGAGCUGGGAGGUGCUGGAGCUAUUAGAGCUGUGCCGAGCCCACAUGUCGGCACUAGUGCAUGACGCUGAGUUGGCGGCCAGUGCAUCCCUGGGCCAGUUGCAGGCCGGCUGUAGACACAGCCUGUGUGGCUCCCUGCCCUUGCCGCGGCGGGAGUGUGCGGACAGAGCACCGAGACGAGAGCGCAUCAGAAGACCCCCCCGAAUUCCAGCCUUGGGGUUUGGCCAGCUGAGCUGUCUGAGGCCACUGGGGCUGGUGACAGGCAUACCCCUUGCGGACCCCAAGGAGCUGCUGCCAGCCCAGGGCGAGCCCGACCGCACCUACGAGAGCAGCUCCCACACCCUCAUGGCCAACCUCCUGUGGAGGGGCCACUCCGUGACAGCUCGGAAGCUGAAGGCACCUGGAGCUCAGCCGGAUGUGCUGUUGGCUGACCUUCAGCACUGCAGCACCCUGCACCACCCUAACCUGUUGCUGCUGAUGGCACUGAGCCCCUCGGCCGACCUGUCGGGGCUGUGCCUCCUCUUCGAACCGGUGUGGCUGGGCUCCCUGCAUGUGGUGCUGCACCCACGUGGGCCGAGUCCAGGAGGACCCCGCGCUGUGCCGGGGCUGCUGCCUGGCCACCUGCUGCUGCAGGUGCUGGAGGCGCUGCUGUUCCUGCAGGCCCGCUGGCACGCCCACGGUGGCCUUAGCUCUCACGCCGUGCAGCUGGUCCGGCCAGGCCUGGCCAAAGUGAGCAGCCUGGAGCACGGGCGGCCCUUGCACCAACGCUGGCUGCAGCCCAGGCCACAGCAGGGCUACUCCCGGGGAGGCUCAGGCCCAGGGCUGCCCCCGCCUCCUGAAUUGUACCCUUGGCUGCCACUUGAGCUCAUCUGCGGUGACACGCCCGCUGCCACCUCAGAUCUCUACAGCUUCUGCAUCCUGGCCCAGGAGGUGUUCACCGGACAGCUGCCCUGGGCUGGGAGGAAGGGGCCUGAGGUGAAGGCUAAAUUGGAGGCAGGAGAGAGCCCGGCCCUGGAUCCCCUGGUGCCAGCCCCCUACCAGGCCCUGGUUCAGGCUGGGCUGGGCCUGGGGCCAGCCGACCGCUGGGGCAGCCUGCAGAACACUCGCUACCUGCUGCAGGAGGCCAUGGCCCAGGACUCGGCUCCUGAGGUGAGCUCCCGGAUGCACUGGACCACACGGUGCCCUGCGUCUCAGGAUUUCCUACCAGACACACUGUACUGUGAGGUGGCUCCCAGAACCAAGAUUCCACCCAGGCCUGUGCCCCCUGUGAUGUCCCUAGGCCUCUCCCCAUGCCAGGCCCUGAAGACUCCUGAGGUCACAGGCCGUGGCAGAGUCCAGAGGGCCCCAGCCUGGGACUCAGGCAGCAGCUUGACUCUAGGCAGCAGCCCAAGUCCCGGCUCCAGCCUCUACCCAGGCUCCAGCCCUGCAGCCCGGGUCAGCCUGCACCACUGCCUGGAGCCCAGCUCGACGGCCCAUCCUGAGCUCAACGGCUACUGGGUGGCAGCUCCAGCAUUUUUCCUCUGCAGGAGCCCAGUACCGAGCUGAUCAGAGGAUGUCUCUUCUCCAGCCUGCAGAAGUGAGAAAUGGGCCCUGCUGGGGGCCACCUGGGGCCCCUUCCUCAUCCCUGUGGUGACCCUGGCUCCACCCCCAUCCCACUACUACCCAGGAUGGACCUGCUGGAGGAGAUCAUAGUGGAGCUGCGGGGUGGAUGCCCACUCGGAGACAAGCCCAGCCU